GCGGCGACAGCGAGCCCACGUGCGAGUGUUGACGUGACUACUUCCGGGUAGUAAAAACCCCGCAACGCUUAGAGGCGGGAGAAAGUCUUUAGCCAUGGGUAAACGCGGGAGCCGGAGCCAGACCCAGCUGCUCAACACCUUGACUAAAAAGCAGAAGAAGCACCUUCGGGAUUUCGGCGAGGAGCACCCCUUCUAUGACAGGGUUUCCGGAAAAGAAGAAAAACCACAGAUUUGUCAACUGUCUGAGAGUUCAGAUACUUCGGAUUCUGAAAGUGAAGCAGAUAGUGAGCCUGAGCACAUCUCUGGGUACCACAAACUGCUGGCUACACUAAAGAAUGUUUCGGAGGAAGAAGACGAGGAGGAGGAGGAGGAGAAGGAGGAGGAUGAAGAUAGUGCUGUGGAUGACGCAGAAAUGAGUGAUGAAGGUGGUGGUAGUGACGCCAGUGUGGAGGAGGAGAUUGUCUCAGAGUCUCUGGGGGUGCAGGAGGAUGUGGCCUUAUCUGCUGACCGGAAGGAGAAAGGCGGGGAAGGAGCACAUGGCACAUCCCAGGAAUCCCCAGAGGAAUUCACAGAUGCAAAACAUGAGUCACUGUUCAGCCUGGAAACCAAUUUCCUCGAAGACCUUGGGAGCAGGGACAACUCUCUUCUGAAAGUAUCACAAGAUCCAUUUCUACAGCAUGUAAAUAAAGAACUGAAAGAAAAGGAAAUUCAUGCUGUUGCCACAAAUCCCAAAACUGCCCAGGAGCUGGAAUGGCCCAUACUGGGCCAGCUUGUCUUUUCAUCCAAGUUUCAGAAGUUGGAAACAUUUAAACCCCCAAAGGAUAUUGACCUAAAGUCACUGCAUCUCCAGAAGCCCCUGGAAUCCACCUGGCCCAAGACCAACAGCCAGUUCCUAACCGGCCCCCAAAAAUCAAGUGGCGUCUUCACCCCCCUCCAGAAAGAGCUCUUCUUAAUUAUGAAUUCUUACCGGGACCUGUUCUACCCAGAAAGAUCUGCCUUGAAGAAUGGAGAGGAGAUCCGCCAUGUGUACUGCCUGCACGUGCUGAAUCAUGUUCUCAAAGCCAACGCUCAGGUGCUUGGCAACAACAGCAGACGCCGAAGCCAGAAACUUGGGGUGGGUGAUGACGAUGACUUCAGGGACCAGGGGCUAACGAGGCCCAAGGUACUGAUAGUGGUGCCCUUCCGGGAAGCUGCUUUGAGGAUCGUGCAGCUCUUCAUCAGCCUCCUCGAGGGGGACAGCAAGAAGAAGAUGAUUGUGAGCAACAAAAAGAGAUUUCAGGGAGAAUAUGGGUCCGAUCCUGAGGAGAGACCACCUAACCUGAAGAGGCCUGAGGACUAUGAAGCCGUGUUUGUGGGCAACAUCGAUGACCACUUCCGGAUUGGAGUGGCAAUACUUCAGCGAAGCAUCCGGCUGUAUGCCCCCUUUUACUCCUCGGACAUCCUCAUCGCUUCUCCUCUGGGCUUGAGGACCAUCAUCGGUGGAGAAGGAGAGAAGAAGAGAGAUUUUGACUUUCUGUCUUCUGUUGAACUUCUCAUCAUUGACCAAGCUGACAUUUACCUGAUGCAGAACUGGGAGCAUGUCCUGCAUUUGAUGAACCACAUGAACCUGUUGCCCUUGGACUCACAUGGGGUGGACUUUUCUCGAGUGCGCAUGUGGAGCCUCAAUAACUGGUCCAAGUAUUAUCGCCAGACGCUGCUCUUUGGGGCCCUGCAGGAUGCCCAGAUCAACUCAGUGUUCAACAAGUACUGUGUCAAUUUCCAAGGCCAGGUGGCGGUCAGGAGUGUCCCGAUGACCGGCUCCAUCAGUCACGUCCUGGCACAGCUCCCACACGUCUUCCAGAAGAUGGAGGCCGAAAGCCUGGCUUCUGUGAUUGAUGCCAGAUUUAACUUUUUCGUGAACAAGAUUCUGCCUCAGUAUCGCGAUGCAGUCAUGUCCCACACACUCAUCUAUGUCCCCUCCUACUUUGACUUCGUGCGUCUCCGAAAUUACUUCAAGAAGGAGGAACUGAACUUCACCCACAUCUGCGAGUACACCCAGAAAUCUGGUGUCUCCAGAGCCAGGCACUUCUUCCUUCAAGGCGAGAAGCAGUUCCUGCUCCUCACAGAGCGCUUCCAUUUCUACAAAAGGUAUACAAUAAAAGGCAUCAGGAAUCUGAUUUUCUAUGAACUGCCGACAUAUCCGCACUUCUACAGUGAGGUCUGUAAUAUGCUGAGAGCCACCCACAGAGGAGAAGAAGCUACGUGGACCUGCACUGUCCUCUACUCCAAGUACGAUGCCCAGAGGUUGGCUGCCGUGGUGGGUGUGGAGCGAGCAGCACAGAUGCUACAGUCCAAGAAGAACGUCCACCUGUUUAUCACCGGAGAAAAAUGAGAUUGGACAGGACAGGGCCCAUGACACGAUAGUAACGCCUGUUGUGCUGUGCCAGUUGGCCACUUAUCGGUGUAAAAAGGAGAGGGACUGACGUGAGGAACAAGAACCAGGCAACCUCGGUGUCAUUUGAUCUUCCUUUUCAGGUCAAGUGUCCAGAAAAGUUCGGUGUAAACCAGAUUUUGGUAACUCACAUCUCAGAGUUCACAGGAGUCUAGAAGGACUCUGAGGGGUCAAGUGGAGGGAAAUCUCUGCUUGUGGACCUUGUUUUAAGCCGUAAAUCCUUUUACUAUGAUUUUAUUUUGAGUUUAUUGUACUUGGUAAAUUCUUUCAGAUUGCGUCUAUGAUUCUUUCUUUCUUUUUUUUUUUUUUUUUUUUUUUUUUGACAGGCAGAGUAAGUCAGAGAGAGAGUCAGAGAGAAAGGUCUUCCUUCCGUUGGUUCACCCCCCAGAUGGCUGCUACGGCCAGCAUGCUGUGCCAAUCCGAAGCCAGGAGCCAGGUGCUUCUCCUGGUCUCUCAUGUAGGUGCAGAGCCCAAGCACUUGGGCCAUCCUCCACUGCACUCCCGGGCCACAGCAGAGAGCUGGACUGGAAGAAGAGCAUCCGGGACAGAAUCCAGCGCCCCAAUCUGGACUAGAACCUGGGGUGCCGGCGCCACAGGUGGAGGAUUAGCCUAGUGAGCCAUGGUGCUGGCCAAUACUUUCUUAAAGUAACAUGUAUAGCCUGUGUGAACUGGUUAUAAGAAAUUAGAAUACUUCCACCACUGCGUGUCAUCUUGAUUUUGGAUGGCACAAGUUUUGUGGAAGUGACUUUUCCCUAGCCAAACUUGUUUUAAACCUUAAAUGCUAGGGCCAGUGCUGUGGCAAAUAAGCUAAGACUCCACCUGAGGUGCCGGCUUCCCACAUGAGCACCAGUUCAUGUCCUGGCUGCUCCUCUUCCCAUCCAGCUCUCUGCUAAUGGAGAUUGGCCCAGGUGCUUGGGCCCCUGCACCCACGUGGGAGACCCAGAGGAAUCUUCUGGCUUCUGGCAUUGGAUAGGCCCAGCUCCGGCCAUUGCGGCCGUUUGGGGAGUGAACCAACGAAUGGAAGACCUUUCUCUCUGUCUCCUUCUCUAUCUGUAACUCUGCUAACUCUACCUUUCAAAUAAAUAAAUAAAUCUUAAAAAACAAAACAAAACAAAACAAAAAAAACCUUGAAGUGCUCUACUUUAAUUCAACCUAGAAAGAUGCAU